AUGUCCACUUCUCAUAAUGUCUGCUCAGUGACUACCUCCUUCUGCCUCACUGGCAUCCCAGGGCUGGAGUCCCUGCACAUCUGGCUCUCCGUCCCCUUUGGCUCCAUGUACCUGGUGGCCGUGGUGGGGAAUGUGAGCAUCCUGGCUGUGAUAAGGGUGGAGCGCAGCCUGCAUCAGCCCAUGUACUUCUUUCUGUGCAUGUUGGCUAUCAUUGACUUGAUCCUGUCAACCUCCACCAUGCCAAAACUGCUGGGAAUCUUCUGGUUUGGUGCUGGCGAGAUUGGCCUUGAUGCCUGCUUGGCCCAGAUGUUCCUCAUCCACUGCUUUGCCACUGUUGAAUCAGGCAUCUUCCUUGCCAUGGCUUUUGAUCGCUACGUGGCCAUUUGUAACCCAUUGCACCACACCUCGGUGCUCACCCAUGCAGUGGUGGGUCGUUUGGGGCUGGCUGCCCUCCUCCGGGGGAUAAUCUACAUUGGGCCCCUGCCUCUGAUGAUCCAUCUGCGGCUGCACUUCUACCGAACCCAAAUCAUUUCCCACUCCUAUUGUGAGCACAUGGCACUGGUUACCUUAGCCUGUGGUGAUACCACAGUCAACAACUUAUAUGGAAUGGGAGUUGGCUUCCUGGUAUUGAUCCUGGAUUCAUUAGCCAUCACUGCCUCCUAUGUGAUGAUUUUCAGGGCUGUAAUGGGUUUGGCCACCCCUGAGGCCAGGGUUAAAACCCUGGGGACAUGUGGUUCUCAUAUCUGUGCCAUCCUUGUCUUCUAUAUCCCUAUUGCCGUUUCCUCUCUCACCCACCGCUUUGGCCAUCAUGUGCCUCCCCAUAUCCAUAUCCUUUUGGCCAACUUUUACCUCCUCAUCCUACCCAUCCUCAACCCAGUUGUCUAUGCUGUCCGCACCAAGCAGAUCCGAGAGAGAUUUCUUCACAUUCUCAAGGCAGGAGCUCAACCUAAGUAA